AUGUCCAACCCAAGCCCAAACCACAGCGCGUCUGCGACAUCCAAUAGUCUCGACGGUGGCUUUGGUUCCGCCCUUGUUGAUCCUACAGGCAGCCCGCAGAACUUCGCUGCUGACCAUGAACCCCUGGCCUCGUCGCAACCCGCCCCCAAGCGCCCACGCACCAGGAGCUCGAGGGCCAUCACCGCAUACCCCAGGAAGCGAGCCCUGGCUGCUUGCCGCCUCUGUCGUGCCAGAAAGGUCAAGUGCAACAAUGCUCGUCCCUCAUGUGGGAGUUGCACGACUUCCAACGCUCAGUGCGUUUAUGAGGACGUGGAGGACAUGUCCAACUUCGAUCCCGCCAGCAUCAUGAUCGUAAACCGCUUGAACCAGAUCCUAGCGCGCCUGAACCAGCCCCCCGAGUCGCUUCCGGGGCUCGAGCAUAUCUGGGCAACCGGCCAGGAGACGGGCCAGGAGACAGGGCCACCGCCUCCACAUCAGGCUCCGAACAUCCCCGAAGCAGCAGCCUUGAAGCAGUCGAGGCAGUCGAAGCAGGUCGACAUCGACGACAUGCGAAUCCCACCGCAACAGACGAACCCCGAUGCCGUUCUUGCAUGGCCCAUCCUGGAGAGUCGGUAUCCGCUCCACCAUCUCACAGACGCUGUUUUUGAAGCCGAACUAGUCGACAGAGACCUCGAACCCGAGGAGCCGGCAGCACAUCGCAUGCGCGGCUGGCAGGGGUUCGGCAAGGAUUUCGCAUACGGCAUCAACGAAGACGAAAUCCCCGGGCUUGUGGAGCGAUUCCUGGCCUUUGUUCACUCUAAAAACCCUAUCCUGGAUGUGGAUACCCUCUGGAUGUACGUUGAUCGAGUGGCCGAAGUCGGUCUGACUUGGGAUUCAGCCACAUGUCUCGUCCUUCUCGUGUGUGCCCUCGGAUGUAUUGCUCCUCCCUUUGUCAUUCACGAGUCCCCAUCUCCCCCAGAUCCCUGGCCUAGGAUGCCUACAUCUAGAGAAGCGGAUGCUGAGACGCUGCGGAGGGCGAACGCAUACUACACGCUGGCCCGUCGAAGGUUUGGCUUGCUGGAGACGGGCAUUCUCGCUCCUCAGUGCCAUUUCCUGGCCGGUGUGUACACCAUGUACACCAUGGCGCCUCUGAAGGCGUGGUCCCAGUUUCACUCCGCUUCCAGAGCCUGCCACGUUUAUCUGAUGUGCGAUGCCCGUCGACACUGUGAGUCCGGGAUUGCCGCUUCUAGGCGCAGGAGUCUGCAGCAGAGGAUCUACUGGAGCUGCUAUAAAUCCGAGUGUGAACUGCGCAUUGAAUUGAACCUUCCCAACAGCUGCUUGUCGGACCUAGAUUACCCCGAUCUGCAUCCCGAACCUCCAGAGACCUUCGCUCAGCACAUUCGGAAUGACGUCCCUUCUCCUUGCCACGAAUCGACGCCACCUUUCGGUACCCGAAGGACAUUUGACCAUGAAGAGCAGUCAUGGUACUACUACCUUACUGAGAUAACCUUGCGUCGCCUGGGGAAUCGAAUUUGCAACAUCAUGUAUGCUGGGGACCACACGAGCUGGAAUAGCGAGGCCAUGCCUUUCCUGUUGAAGACAGCUGAAGAGUUUGAAGCCAAGUUCGACGAAUGGUACAGCACCCUACCGAGCCUCAUCCGCUUCAUCCACGACGAGGUGCCCACGGGGGAGCUCCCUUCCCUCGUCGAAGGCCGCGUUGUGGAAAUCAAAGGGUGGCUCUACCGGCCGUUCCUGUACUACGCCAUCCAUAGUCGACCCGAUGCGCCGUAUCGCAGCGCGGCCCAGCAUCUCGCGGACAAGGCGCUCAUCUUCGGCCUCCGCAUGCUCAAGCUUGGGACGAACCGACAUCGGACUCAUGGUACAUGGUAUGGUCUCCGAGAGUCAACUGCGUCUGUUUUUUGCAUUCUCGCCGCCGCCAGGUGCGGGGCCAUCACCAUGCCUCCCGGCUGGAGAGAAUCCGUUGAUUUGUGUAUUGACACGAUGCGAUACUGGGAGAGUGAGGUCCCCACAGUUGACCGGUCCAUUCGGAUCAUCCAGGAGUACCUGGAAACCAUGGAGCCCAUACAAAACGGGGGUAGGAGUGUAGGCCUGAGAUGA